UGCUGUAAACUGUGAAAAUGUCAAACUUGCAGACUGAGCGUCGCCAGCCAAGGCUUGCGUCAUUAACCGGACCAGACCGCCGCGGCACGGCCUCGUUCUGUAUCCUUCCGCCCGCCUUGCCGAUCUCCCCACUUAAGGUGGGAAGGCGGCGGAGGGAUCUGGAGCGCCGGCGCUGCGGUUCCAGCCAGCCUGACGCCGCCGUGGCUGCCGAGUGGCGCUCCGGCUGGAGCCUGCAGGAGCCCUUCAGACUCCAGCGGGCCGGCCCGCCUCCGACCUGCGGCGACAAGUCGGAUGCCCUCCACUCAAAUGCGCGCCCACGCAGUACUAACGCGCACCUUCUCGCUGGCUUCAGUCGCGACUCACCGCGUGGACUACUACGACCAGCUACUACGAAUGCAAACGUGAAGACAGUUUGGCUCCUGGGCGUCUUUCACAAGAGAAAGAGAGAAGCCACAAGAGGACCUUCCUCCUUGUCCUCCUGCCUGGAAAAUCUUCUUACUCCUCACCACCAGCAUCUUCUCACCUUUCUUGACAGGCGUACGGGACUUGGCAGAAUCAUUUGGACAGUACGGCGCUUUUCAUCACUACAUCUUGGCGCAGGUCAAAAGGAUGCGGCAACCCUAGACCGGAAUCAUCUCCAUUCCAAGCAUCAGGAACAAGAAGGGACCAUGAACUCAUCCACGUCCAUCACGUCACUCUUCUCCUUCACCAGCCCGGCGGUGAAACGUCUGCUGGGCUGGAAGCAGGGCGACGAGGAGGAGAAGUGGGCAGAGAAAGCCGUGGACUCUCUGGUGAAGAAGCUCAAGAAGAAGAAAGGCGCCAUGGAGGAGCUGGAGCGGGCCCUCAGUUGCCCCGGACAGCCCAGCAAGUGCGUGACCAUCCCGCGCUCACUCGACGGGAGGCUGCAGGUGUCGCACCGCAAGGGCCUGCCGCACGUCAUCUACUGCCGCGUGUGGCGCUGGCCGGACCUGCAGUCGCACCACGAACUCAAGGCGCUCGACUGUUGCGAGUUUCCCUUCGGCUCCAAGCAGAAGGACAUCUGUGUCAAUCCAUACCACUACCGGCGUGUGGAAACGCCGGUGUUGCCGCCCGUCCUGGUGCCGCGCCACAGCGAGUUCAACCCACAGCACAGCCUGCUGGCCAAGUUCCGCAAUGCAUCUCUGCACAACGAGCCGCUGAUGCCGCAGAACGCCACCUAUCCGGAGUCUUUCCCGCCGCUGCCAGGCUCCUCGUCCUCCUUUUCGUCCUCGUCGCCGUCCUCCUCAUCCCACGGACGCUCGCCCGCCUCGCAGGGCUACCCCGACUCCCCCUGCAGCUCCACCGAGCCGGGUAGCCCGUACCACAUUGCAGAAACUCCCCCUCCACCGUACAGCAUGAUGGAGUCGAACCCACAGGAGGACGUGAAGCCUGGCAACUCCACGGAAAGCACCAAGCUCACCUUCUCCGCGCCGCAUAGAGGCAAGUGCAGCUUCUUCGAGCCUGACCGAUCUCCGGACGUUCCGACACUUUCCGUCCGUCCUCCAGAUUUGCGUCCCGUGUGCUACGAGGAGCCCGAGUACUGGUGCUCCAUCGCCUACUACGAGCUGAACAACCGGGUGGGCGAGACUUUCCACGCGUCGUCACGCAGCGUGCUGGUGGACGGCUUCACCGACCCGUCCAACAACAAAAACCGCUUCUGCCUCGGCUUGCUGUCCAACGUCAACCGCAACUCCACCAUCGAGCACACGCGGCGACACAUCGGCAAAGGCUUGCACUUGUAUUACGUGGGUGGCGAGGUGUACGCCGAGUGCCUGAGCGACAGCAGCGUGUUCGUGCAGAGCCGCAACUGCAACUUCCAGCACGGCUUCCACGCCACCACCGUUUGCAAGAUCCCCAGCGGCUGCAGCCUGAAGAUCUUCAACAACCAGCUCUUUGCGCAGCUGCUCGCCCAGUCCGUCAACCACGGCUUCGAGGUGGUCUACGAGCUCACCAAGAUGUGCACCAUCCGCAUGAGCUUUGUCAAGGGUUGGGGGGCUGAGUACCACCGCCAGGAUGUGACCAGCACCCCCUGCUGGAUCGAAGUGCAUCUACAUGGUCCCCUACAAUGGCUUGACAAGGUCCUCACCCAAAUGGGCUCACCGCACAACCCCAUCUCGUCUGUGUCGUAGAAAACGGGCGGGUGGCUGCGGAAGGCGGCGUUUGUGAUGAGGACGCAAGCCCCUCCAGAAGUUUCCAGGAUGUGGUCCUUGUUUACUGUGAGACUGACUUUCAUUUGGCUUCUGUAUGGCUUUGUUGUUUUCUUGUGCAUCCCUACGGCACUUCAAGACUAUGUAAGCGCUUCUUUGCGAGUUCAAUUUGUCUUUUAAUAUUAUUCUACCGUCCCGACCAAUGUUUGGUUGUACUUAUAUUAAAUGUUUUUUUCGAGGCUAAAAUGGAUUUGAUGUUUUAUU